CCGUUCAUCCAGUGCACUCCGGUGGAUCCCUCACGGAGUCUGUUCCAGUUGCUGCCUAAGCUCCAUCCUUUGCUCUCCUGCCAUGAUUGUGUUUCUGCUCACGAGUAUGCUGAUGGUCCUCUGUGCUGGAGGCCAGCCUCUGGACACCCCACACCUUCCACGGGAGCUGCUUCCAGGACUCCCAAACAAUAUCAAUAUCACGUUCUUCAGUGGGAUGUUUAAAAAUGUGGAAAGUGUGGCUGAAAUUUUUGAUUGCCUGGGCUCCCACUUCACCUGGCUGCAGGCUGUCUUCACCAAUUUCCCGGUGCUGCUCCAGUUCGUGCAUGGUAUGAAGUGUGUGGCUGGUCUCUGCCCCCGAGACUUUGACGACUAUGGUUGCGCCUGCAGGUUUGAGAUGGAAGGGUGGCCUGUGGACGAAUCCGACAGCUGCUGCUUCCAGCACCGCAGGUGCUAUGAGGAGGCCGCUGAAAUGGACUGUCUCCAAGACCCUGCCAAGCUUAGCACAGACGUCGAUUGUGUCGGGAAGAAGAUCACGUGUGAGUCCAAGGACCACUGUGAGCACCUGCUGUGUACCUGUGACAAGGCUGCCAUAGAGUGCUUGGCUCGGUCCAGCCUCAACUCUUCCCUGAACCUUCUGGACACCUCCUUCUGCCUGGCUCAGACUCCAGAGACAACCGUCAAGGAAGAGCUGACAACACUUCUGCCCAAAGUGGUUCCUGUGGAGACCACAGACAGCGGCCUGACAGCACUUUCAGGAGAAGAGGCAGGCCACGAUCAGGAAGGCGUGGAAGCUGCUAGGGCUACAUCCCCUCCAGGAUCUGCAGAGAUAGUGGCAACAAGGGUUACAGCUAAAGUUGUAACCCUUGUCCCUGCUGGCAUUCAAUCUCUGGGGCUGGCAGUGUCAUCUGUUGAAAAUGGUCCGGAGGAGACAACUGAAAAAGCCUGUGACAGAUUCACCUUCCUGCACCUGGGAAGUGGGGACAACAUGCAGGUGAUGCCACAGUUUGGAGAGAUGCUUUUUUGUCUGACGUCCCGGUGCCCGGAGGAAUUUGAGUCUUAUGGCUGUUACUGUGGACAAGAAGGAAGAGGCGAGCCAAGGGAUGCCCUGGACAGGUGCUGCUUGUCCCAUCGCUGCUGCUUAGAGCAAGUGAGAAGGCUGGGCUGCCUGAUGGAGAGGCUUCCUCGGUCACCGGUGGUGUGUGUGGAUCACAAGCCCAAGUGCGAGGGCCAAAGCCUGUGUGAGAAGUUGCUCUGUGCCUGUGACCACACGGCAGCUGAGUGUAUGGCCUCUGCCUCAUUUAACCAAAGCCUCAAGUCCUCAAGCAGACUUGGGUGCCCCGGGCAGCCAGCAUCCUGUGAAGACAGUCUGCAUCCUGUGCCCGCAGCCCCCACCCUGGGCUCCAGCUCUGAGGAGGACAGCGAUGAGGCUUCUCCCCAGGAAGACCUCAGCAGAGCCAGGAGGUUUCUGCGGAAGUCACUGGGUCCCUUGGGCAGCAGGCCCAUCCAUGGAAGAUAGAUACGCAGAGAAAAUGGUCAACACCCUCAGUAGUGUGACUCCUGCUCUCCUUCACCUCUUUAGCUCUCAGCCUCCUCUGUCCCUUGGGGUCUCCUUCCCUUCCUUUAACCCAAAGGCUGGGAGGGAACAGAGGCCAUGAGCCCUGUCCGUGCAUCAUCAGCUGUGGUCCCCACACAGGCCAGUGUGUACUUGGAGAAGGCAGACCACUAUGCUCCUGUAGUGCACUGUGCAAACUCAAUAAAUACUCCAAUCAACA